AUGCCACCUGUACCGCCCAAUGAUGAGUCUUAUUUUGUCAUUCUUUGUUCUUCCCCCCAGGGCCAAGCCAGUAUAAGCGCCUAUAUUACUUACUAUCGGCCGGAUGACGCUAUGCGAGCAGUGCUGACCCUGGAUCAGUCCAUACUGCAUGGCCGGCAACUGCGCGUCUCCCUAGGUACUACCAAGUACUGCAGUCAGUUCCUCAAGGGUCAAAAAUGCAGUAAGCACGUAAGUGUCACACCCCUCCCCUCCGCCCCCAAAACGUUUGAGGCCUUUGCGUGUCUCGUGUCGUGGACUGUUGCCCGGUGA